AUGGUCGUGGUGUUUUUGAUGCCUUUUGCAUCAAUUUUUGCAUCUGUUUGCUUGUUGGUCAUCUUUCACACGCGAGAGAAUUGGCAGAGGCUCGUCGCCGAGGUGAUUCUCAAGCAUGGGCAAGCAGGUGAAGGUGCGCGUGUCCUCGUCGUGGAGGCACAAGCCUUAGAUGCUGCUGUCCUCAGUGCCUCAAGAGCCAUCAAGAGCCACAACUCUCCAGAGAUGCUUCAGGACAACUGCGAGUUCCUUGCCGAUUUCGGCCCAGCUCCCAAAGUGAAGCUCAUGUUGGAAGCUUCGACUUACAGUAGCUUGCUCCAGCUAGGUGCCAGCUUGGACCGCGCCUUGUGCCAGGCGCUGGCUGUUGAAAAGUUGCCUCGCAGCUUUUGGCACCUGUGA